GACGGAAUGCAGCUAUUAUUAUAAAGAAGAAGAGAUGCGCCUAAUAGCUUGAGAAUCUAUGCAGAUCAACCUUAAGAGAUAAAUGAUGCCAGAUGUAAACCAGACAUAUUUUAUAUUCAACAAACGCUUCAAUGGAAGAAUUAACAUCUCUGACAAUGUAGAAAGAUUGUAUUUGACGCAACGCAGGGUGUGGGAAGCAACAGAUCUGUGGUUUUUAGAAGCGGAACCAAAACAUCCGGGAUUCUUUUAUUUGAAAAGUUUACACGAAGGAUAUCGAAUAACAAAAGGCGGGAGAGGAGAUGAUGUGCUCUCUUCAUUUCGCGGUAAUUACUUCGAUGAUCAACUUUGGAGAUUCCAAAAAGAGGGUGAAUACUAUAGACUCUUCAACUUCUAUUAUCCCGACGCUCAGCUAGCACAACCCGACGAUGAUACCACACAUGUACAUGCCUUCAGCCAUGGAAGUGACGAAAAUCGACUGUGGAAAUUUGUACCACGCUAUGUUGCUUCCAUUGAGACGCGAGUACUUUGGAGCUGUGAUAACCGAAAAGGCUCAGAGGCAUUCCAGCAAACGAUUGAAAUUACAAAAGGUAUUAAAAUGCUCAACUGUUCCUCCAUCCGUGCGCCAGAAAACGUUCGGAAAUCAUUGAAAAUAGCGCUUAUGAAGGAGUUAGGAAAGUUGGGUAAAUCCGGAAGUGAAAUGGAAAAGGAAUUUACUUCCGAAAUAAAUAAUUCAACUUUAAAAUCUGAAGAACAAGAUCGUCAAAGGAAUAGCGUUACCUUAUCUGCCCCCGCUGGUAAAAAGUACCAAGUAAUUCAAAAUGUAUGCACCUUUAAAAGUGUUAAUACUUUUGAAGAUUGCGAAAUUUCAACUGGGUUGCUCAUUGAAGAGAGUGACAAUGACUUGGAAUACCGGUUUUCAUAAUGGCAAUCACAGUCAUUGUUAAAAAAAUUAAACGUUGUGUAAUACAUGCUUUUAUAGAAUAACAUCGGCAGUUCUGUUUAAAAUGAUUUUUUAUUGAUGUGCUGAAAAUGACAUUUGUAAACUUUAAAAAAAAGUUGAAACUCUUGCUUGUGAUUUCAUUUUAAUUUUUAUUAUUUCUCUUCUCUAUUUUUAAUAUAAAAAAGUCAUGCAAACAAAAGAACAAAAUAUUUUUGCGGUUUUGUCAUCGACUGCCUGAAAGCGGCCCAUCAGCGGUGAAGGGACUGAAAUGUCGACUCGCUGCAAACAUCUACCAUUUUUAAAAUGAGUGGCGAAGAAUGACGAAGUUAAUUAAUUCCAUAAAAAGAAGCAUUAUCUCUAUUUACUCACGCGUACGCUUGGUCAGAUGGAAAAGCGUGUGCAGUCACUCCUUUGGUCCUUUUAUUUUGAGAUACAGGUUUUGGUUAUCCAAGUUCAACAAAAAGUAAGUUCUUUCCUUUCCAAUGUUUCUAUUUCGUUUUUAUUUAAGCACGGUAUAAUUGUUGAGCAUGAAGGCUUGGAUUAGCGGAAAACUUAGCAACAGUUACACCUCGUAUUUCAUGAUAAAAGGAAAGAAAAAGUUGAAAAUGACACUUGUUCCGA